GGAUGCGGGCUCGGGGGUCCAAGCAGCGCCCCAAGCGGUGGAGGUGGAGGUAGUGAAGGAAGAGGGCUGGUAUUGUUUGGUAUAGAAUUGUGGUAGUGGUUAUUUGGUGAAGUGAUUUGCUUUUGGUUGACAAUGUAGGGUCACUGUUUUCUUUUGGAAGGAUUGAUGCUCUGGUCGACAGAGGAGUCUAAGGAAUGCGUACUGCACAGCAGUAUAGAGCAAAAAACCCAAGGAAUGAGGGUGGAAAGAAGGAAUGACCGAGCGUCAAGGAGAGGACGGACUGUGAGGUGGAAGAGGAGAGGGAAAGAAGCAGGCGAGAAACGAAGGAGGGAGAGAGAGAGUAUUUGUAUUGGAAUUGGAGCCAGUGGUAUGUAUGUAUGGAUGGAUGUAUGGUGUGUAUGGUACCAUUUGGUAUGGGGGGGUGAAUCACCGUCGGGAUCCACCGCACCAACAAGUAACAACACCAAAGAAUCCAUCUUCCUUACCCUCACUCUCUGUCUCUCAAUCUCGCUCUCUCAUGAAUGAAGCCUAGACUCCACUUAGUCCAAUUACUUUUUUGACCCCCCAGACCCACACUCUUUUCUUUCCUCCCCCCCACCGCCAACAGCUCGUGAACCCUCGAUCUCCGCCAAUGCCCGUUAAGCCCUUCACUGCCCGACCCUCACCGGUCUUCCCAGGGCAACCUCGUCCUCCAUGGUUGGCAGUGGUCGGGCG